AUGGUUUUAUCAGAUUUAUGUUUAAAACAAUUUACUUUCUUCAAAAAUGCUUUGAAUAAAAAUGAAGAAUGGGCCACAAAAUUCAAAGACACUUCAGCAAAUAUCCAAUAUUCUGGGAUGCUGCAUGGCAUAACUCGAAAUCUCGGUUUGUUUUCUGAAUGUGAAAAUUUUGUACACGAAACGAAUUCUUCAGGAAUAGGAACUUUUCAUGGGCAACAUUGUCUAAUUUCUUAUGAAGCUGAUAUUGAUUAUGUAAAACGUUAUAAGAAUCUUCUAUUGUUAUACGAGUAUCCUUCACCAAUGAAUAAGUCGAAACUUCAAUAUGGAUUCUGCUUUCCCAAAUCAUGUUCCCCUGAAGACAUAAACGAACUAGCAAAGUAUGAAAUUCUCACCCAAAAGCAAUUAAAUUUUGUUGGAACUUUUUGCCAAACAACACAGCAGCGAACAGAAUUCAAAAUUUUUGAUUACUUCGCAGUAUUGUUUUUUGUAACACUCUUCGGGCUCAUAAUUUCAAGCACUCUUUAUGAUGUGAUGAAGAAACGUAAUAAGCUUGCAGUUAAUUCCAAUAAACUUUUCACUUUGUUUUCUGUAUGUUUGAGAGUUCUUGCAGCGUUUUGGAUUGUCGCUGGCCAUUGCAUACAUUUGUUAACCAGAAUUCAUUUCACUGAAAACUUUAAUAAGUUUGAACGUGAAACUGCGGUUCUAAUCGGCUUCCAUUUGUUAGCAGUUGAAACGUUUCUAGUUAUUGGAGGGUUUUUAGCAGCACAAUCUUUCAUGAAAGCUUUCAAGAGACAGAACUUCAGCUAUUUUAAAUGUAUGUUCAAACGAUAUCUUCGCUAUGGGCCGGCCUUCCAUGUUUUGCUUUUGUUUUUUGCGAGUUCAAUUGCAAAUCUUACAUUCAAUGGACCGAUGAUUGGCGAACUAUUGAGAAGACAGGAUAUUUGUCGAGACACAUGGUGGGCUCAACUUUUGAUGAUUAAUGACUUCGUUGGAAUGAAGUGUCUCUCGCAUGCUUGGUAUUUGGCAGUUGAUUUUAAAUUUUACUUAAUAACACCACUUCUGGUUUCUCUACUGAUGAAAUAUGGAAAGAAAACUGUCGGCUUUUUAGUUGCAGUCGUUCUGAUCGAUUAUUCUGUCAUAUUUUAUUGCUACUUGAAAGAUGUCAUCCCUUACGACAGACUUUAUCAUGAAUCAACUUUUCGAAUCGGAUCAUGGCUAAUUGGUGUGAUUUUGGGAUAUGUAAUGCAAGAACACAACCCAAAAAUAAGCAAAGGAAAGACCUUGAUUGGAUGGAUAAUUUCAUAUGCGUCAAUCAUCGGAAUUAUGUUUGGAUGGUCGAGAUAUGAAAGUCGUGAAGCUUAUGCCUUUAAUCAAGCAAUGAAUAGUUUUAUUUGGUCGCUUCAUACAGCAUGGAUUAUUUAUGCAUGUCAUUAUCUAAAGUCAGGUGGAAUCAUCCGAAGAUUUCUUGAGCAUCAUAUGUGGCAACCGUUGGCGAAGCUUUGUCUGUCGAUUUACCUCACUCAUUAUCUCUUCAUAUAAAAGUCUUUAAUGAGGUGAUGGCAUUGUCUUGAGACGUUCGAAUGCCGCCUUUUCCAAAGCUUCACGAUGAUCAGGAUGAGAUAUUUGAAUCAAUCCCCAGGCACGCUGUCGUAAUGAUUUUCCGAAUAAAUUUGCAAUACCAAAUUCAGUGCAAACAUAAUGCACAUGGGCACGACUGGUGACAACACCGGCACCGACUAGAUUUUUGUGAGGAAAAAAGGAAAAUUAAUGCAACUUGCAUCAUUGUACAAAAUUAU